CCCUGCCUCUAUUUUACCUCCAGACCCAGCGCCGUCCUCACACACACACAAACAUUCCCACCCAAAUCAUCCGACUUGUUCCGUUGACUCACUCCAGAUCUAGCUCGUCGAGCCCUGCUACUACUGCCGGUCGCCGUCGGCGGUUCUCGUCCGCGAAACCUCCAUAUCAAAAGCAGCAGAUGCAAAGAAAGAGAGGACCUUUUUCUGCUUGUGCUUCUGGGCAUGAUGAUGUUGGUGCGUACGGGAUUCAGAGCAGCUUUGGUGGCAGAGAUGGUGUCAUUUUGGAUCUGCAUAAGCGACUUGGGUUGAGACUUGGGUCCGGCGGCGGUGAUGGGUUGCUUUGGCAUACUGACUUGAAGCCUCACGCCUCCGGUGACUACUCGAUCGCUGUGGUUCAGACCAAUUCGAGCCUUGAGGAUCAGGGACAGGUGUUUACCUCUCCCUCUGCCACGUACGUCGGCGUGUAUGACGGUCACGGCGGACCGGAAGCUUCUAGAUUCGUCAACAAUAAUCUGUUCCCGUUUUUACACAAAUUUGCCAUGGAACAAGGUGGGUUAUCUGUGGAUGUGAUAAAGAAGGCGUUCAGUGCCACUGAGGAGGAGUUCUGCGUUUGGUGAAGCGAUCGUGGCCGAUGAAGCCGUCAAUUGCUUCUGUCGGGUCAUGUUGUUUGGUCGGGGCUAUAACAAAUGACGUUCUGUAUGUUGCGAAUCUGGGGGAUUCGAGAGCAGUCCUUGCAAAUGAUGUUCUCUCGAAGAAUCCUCAUCUCCAGCAUCACCACCGAGUCCUUGCACGGAUUCGCCAGAUCGAAGUCAUCUGGUGUGACUCGUCGAAGUCCACUACUCCCUUGUUCCUUCCCAUUUUCUCAGAUUCACUCUCCUUUGUUUUCUUAUGUUCUGGAUCUAUUAAUUUUUUUUUUUUGCAGAACAACAAGUGCGUGAUUAAGAAUUGAUCAAAGUAUAUGGUUUCUUGUUUAAAGAUGAGAAAUCAAAUCCAUCAGGUUCUAUGUUUUUGACAGAAGAAUGAUGGAUUGAGAAGUAUUUGACAAAUUGAAGAAGAAA